AUGGCAUUCAGCGCAGCUGCGUCAGCUCCUACCGCUGACAUGGACAUCGACAUGGAUCUUGACCUUGGACCAGAACCAGAGCCAGAACCAGAACCAAUUCAGGUGGAAACAACCACGGCCUUAGAAACCACCCUUGACCCCCUCACCGAUGAAGCGGUCUACGAAAAAGUUCAUGUUCGCGGCGUCGAUGAAAUGACCACAGAAGAUAUCAAACAAUUUGCUCGUGAUUGCUCUGGACAAGAACCAGUGCGCAUUGAAUGGAUCGACGACACAUCCGCCAACAUCAUCUUCUCCUCCACCGAAAUUGGCCUCCAAGCCCUCACAGCUCUCACCCAAGUCGCCGAGGAAGAAGACGCGUCUACCUUGCCACCUCUGCGUCUCCGAUCGGCGAAACUCCUCUCCUCCCACCCUGAUUCCGUCCUCCAAGUGCGAUCGGCUGUCAAGUCGGACCGCAAGCAACCACGCGCUCAUGAGAAGAGUCGUUUCUACCUCAUGCACCCCGAGCACGACCCUCGGGAACGUCUGCGACAAGAGUUUGCAGAUAGGAGAAACAGCGACGAUGCAGGUGAAGGUGAUUACAGACGGCGAAGAUUCGACAACCGGGAGCACCGACGUCGCCGAGACCGCGACGAGGACGAACACUUCAGCGCUGACAUGUACGGUGAUAAUGUAGGCUCUGAACCCGAGCGUGCUCGGACACAGCCCAGAGGCCGUGGCCAGAGGGAUCGGGAUCUGUUUCCGGAGGAUGAGGGCCGAUCAAGUGGACGUCUCCGGAACCGCAGUGCGUCUCCGGGACGAGACACGCUGGAGGAGGAACUCCAAGUCAGCAGAGGUGGUCGUGAUAAUACCAGGCGGUUCCGUGAGAGGUCGCCUCGGUACAGUCGUAAGAAUAAGGAUAAAGAGCUUUUCCCAAGCGCGGGCGCGGGCGAGAGCGAGUCAGGAAGCCGCGAGCUUUUCCCAAACAAGACUACAUCCAGCUACAUCAAGAAGGAGUUGCUGCCUAGCAAGUCUAGUCACCAUCGUCGGUCAGAUGCAUUCGACGCUUCUUCUGUCCCGGGAACCUCGGAACGCAGACGCCACAGCAAUAUUGAGCUCUUCCCUGAUUCCACCAACAAUGGCGCCCGCAUUCGUGGUGCAGCUGCAGCCACGACUACCGAGGACCAGGGAUUUGCUAUCCGGGGUGGUGCAUCGAAUGGCAUGUCGAUUAAGGGCAGGGGUGCGUCGGUGCGCGAGCUGUUCCCUUCCAAGUUCGACAAUGCCACCAACAAUACAAAUGUUGGCGCCAACGCUGGCAAGGAAUUGUUUUCUGAUACACUAGAAGGACGUGGCGGUCGUCGGCGUCGGGCCGAGGAUAUGUUCAGCUAA